AUGCCUACCCCUACUAUUCUCCUCAUCCCCGGCUUCUGGGAAGGACCGACCGUCUACACCUACCUCACCACCCUCCUCACAACCGCCGGCUACCCCGUGGAGACGGUCACCCUCCCCAGCACCGGCACCGUUUCGCCCGGCAACCCGACCAUGAAAGACGACAUCGCCGCCCUCCGCGCCGCCAUUUCCCGGCUGGUCUCCCGUGGCGACUCCGUGGUGCUCGUCCUGCACUCGGCCGCCGGGUUUCUCGGCUGCGAGGCCAUGCAGGGCCUUGAUCGCGGGGCCCGCGGCGGCGAGGUCGGCGUCAUCGGGAUCGUGUUCCUGGCGGCUGCGGUGUUUCCUGUGGGGUUUGAGCAUGAGCCGUUGCCGUUUGCUUGGGUGGAGGACGGCGCAUCGUACUGUGCGAAUCCCGAGAAGCUGCUGUUCGGGGAUCUGUCGGAGGAAGAGCAGAGGAAGUGGACGGAGGUGCUCAGGCCCCAGCCGGCGCAGGGCUGGGAUGCCACGGUCGAGUAUGCCGGGUGGCGGGAUGUGCCCAGUGUGUAUCUGGUGUGUGAGGCGGAUCAGGCUUUGCCCGUGGGGUUGCAGGAGCAGUUGGCCGCUACGGCGGGCAGUCGGGUUGAGCGGUGCAGUGCGGGCCAUGUGCCGCAGGUUGGCCAGCCGGAGAGGGUGGCUGAGGUGGUUUUGGGGGCAGUUGCGGAGUUUACGGGGUUGUGA